GGAUACUAUGAAAAUGAAGUUGCCACUGACUGGAGGUCAGCAGUACGCUGCUGGAUUCAGAUGAACUUAAACCAUCAUGGAGCCCCGAAGGCCAGAUUGUAGAGAGUCCCCACAAGAACUCCUUAAAAACGAUGAGGUGGAGUUUGUCCGAACUGGCUACGGGAAGGAUGUGGUAAAAGUUCUCCAUAUUCAACGCGAUGGAAAAUACCACAGUAUUAAACAGGUGACAACUUCAGUGCAGCUUACGCUGAGUUCCAAAAAGGAUUACCUGUAUGGAGACAAUUCAGACAUCAUCCCGACAGACACUAUCAAGAACACAGUUCAUGUUUUGGCAAAGCUGAAAGGGGUCAAAAGCAUAGAAGUCUUUGCUAUGACUAUCUGCGAGCAUUUCCUUUCAUCUUUUAGCCAUGUCAUCAGAGCUCAAGUCUAUGUGGAAGAAGUCCCUUGGAAGCGUUUUGAAAAGAACGGAGUUAAGCAUGUCCAUGCGUUCAUUUACACUCCCACUGGAACACACUUCUGUGAGGUCGAACAAAUGAGGAGUGGACCUCCAGUUAUUCAUUCUGGAAUCAAAGACCUCAAGGUCUUGAAAACAACCCAGUCUGGCUUUGAGGGAUUUAUCAAGGACCAGUUCACCACCCUCCCUGAAGUGAAGGACCGCUGUUUUGCCACCCAAGUGUUCUGCAAGUGGCGCUACCAGAUCAGAGAUGUGGACUUUGAUACCACCUGGGCCACUGUUCGGGACAUUAUCCUGUCAAAAUUUGCUGGCCCCUAUGACAAGGGAGAGUACUCACCUUCUGUCCAGAAGACGCUCUAUGACAUUCAGGUGCUCUGCCUGAGCCAGGUUCCUGAGAUAGAAGAUAUGGAAAUCAGCCUGCCAAAUAUUCACUACUUCAACAUAGACAUGUCCAAAAUGGGAUUGAUCAACAAGGAAGAGGUCUUGCUACCACUGGAUAAUCCAUAUGGUAAAAUUACCGGUACAGUCAAGAGGAAGCUGCCUUCAAGACUGUGAGAUAGCUGUCAUCAGCUGGAGCCCAUUCUCAGCUGAGGAAUUUAAGCCAAUCAUGAUGGAAAAUAUAAUAUGUAACCAUGCAGAUUUCAACCUAGUAUGUUGAUGCUAUUAAUUUCCUUUCUCCUACCCCUAGCUUCGCAAAGUGCUUUGAAUAGUAAUUAUAGUAUGCUUGGGUAGAUAAAACUUAUUUCACAGAUGCUGAAUAGUUUUAGAGCUCACAUGAAUCAGUAUUUCUUUUUAGUUAUCUUGUGUCUUUCUCUCUUAGAGAAACUGUCACAUUAAUUCACUACUAAUCAUGAAUUAAUGGAGGUGACAUAUUGAUUAACGAGUCCAUAAGUUUAAGAAGCAUUAUUACUUUCAUUUUACUGGUGUUUCUGGGUAAUUCAGAAAAUGCAGUGGCAAAAUGAUGUUUUGUAAAAUACCUCCACUGUGACUUCUAUUAAGCCAAAAAUUUGAAAUUUGUGAGAAUGCUGUAGCAUUUGUAUAACUGGGACUUUAUUUCUGCUCUAAUAGUACUUUUGAAAUCUGCAUAUCCUGGUUUUGCUACUUUUAUGAUCCUCAGAGAAUUAGAUCCCUGAAAAGACAUGGAAAUUGUUUAUUUGACUAAUGCAUCAUAUGUACAAAAAGUCACAUGUAAUGAAUGCUAAAUGAACACACAGGUCAGUAUACGUAUAGAAAGAGCAGGGAGUAAAUGUAUGACAAGAUCAGCAAUGAUGAUUUCUGGAUGCUGGGAUUAUGAGUGAUCUGUAUCUCUUGCCAUAUGAUUUUCUAAAUCUUCUAAAUAUGAGCAUUUAUUACUUUUGUAAUCAGAGAAAUAAAUAUAUUAAAAUGUA